AUGGCACCAAACUCGGCAGACGUCGAUAAACUCGCGGAGUCCUACAUGGCUGGCUUUCUAUACAUCUCUCUAUGUGAUUACCUCGCCCUAAGAGCCCAUGGUGCACCCACGUCUUCGCGCCCCCCUUCCCUAGGCUCUCCCGCCCCCCAGAACAACUAUGGGUUCGCCGAGCACGUGAAAAACAACCUUCACCCCAUCCUCAUCACACGGUUUCCGCUCGCUGCAAACGAAAUGCACAUGAACGAAGCCGGAAAGCAAGUCACUAUCUGGACGGCAGACCAGCCGGAAUUUAAGCCGGAGUUUGUGGCGGCGCUGGGCAACAAGGAGUUGACGUAUAUUGCCGACUUCGUGUUUGUGCUAGAUGUUAAUGACGAGUCUAAGAUGUUGCGUGUGCUGGAGUUGAUUGAUAUUUUGGCGACGGACAGCUUUAGAGUGCUGGUUGAGAAGGCAUAUGGCAUCAGUGUGAGCGAUAAGAUAAAUGGCCAAGAAGUGCAUGUAGUGGUCGUGUGA